CGCCGAAGCCGCCCGGUGCCCCGGCGCCGCGCCUCGGGCCUCCCCGCCCCCGCCCGGCCCGCGCGGCCCCCGCCGGCGACGGUCCCCGCGGCAGCGGCGACGCGGGGCCCGGGCUGCGGCAUGGCCCCGCCGGCGGCCCGGCCGCGCCGCGGAGCCCUACAAAGGACGCGGCCCGCGCCCGCCGCGCCUUUAAAGGCGGCCGCCUGAGCCUUAAGGUGUCCCCGAGCGGCCGCCUCCGCGCCCGGCCCCAUGGAGGGCUCCCGCGCGCCGCGCCGCCGGGGCCUGUGUGCACGCGCGGGGCCUCGGGGCUGGCGGGGAGGUGGAUCACGAGUAGAAAGCCCAGUGGAUCGAGAGAGAGGGCGGGGAGGGGCUGAACUGUGAAGAGUGCAGCCCCAGAACCAUGUCUACUCGGGAGUCCUUUAACCCGGAAAGUUAUGAAUUGGACAAGAGCUUCCGGCUAACCAGGUUUACUGAACUGAAAGGCACAGGCUGCAAAGUGCCCCAAGAUGUCUUACAGAAAUUGCUGGAAUCUUUACAAGAGAACCACUUCCAAGAGGAUGAGCAGUUUCUGGGAGCUGUGAUGCCACGGCUUGGCAUUGGGAUGGAUACUUGCGUCAUUCCUUUGAGGCAUGGUGGUCUCUCCUUGGUUCAAACCACAGAUUACAUUUACCCCAUUGUCGACGACCCUUACAUGAUGGGCAGGAUAGCAUGUGCCAAUGUCCUCAGUGACCUUUAUGCAAUGGGCGUCACAGAAUGUGACAAUAUGCUGAUGCUCCUUGGAGUCAGUAAUAAAAUGACUGACAGGGAAAGGGAUAAAGUGAUACCGCUAAUUAUACAGGGUUUUAAAGAUGCAGCAGAGGAAGCAGGAACCUCCGUAACGGGUGGCCAAACGGUGUUAAACCCCUGGAUUGUUCUGGGAGGAGUCGCCACGACUGUCUGCCAGCCCAAUGAGUUUAUCAUGCCAGAUAAUGCAGUACCAGGGGAUGUACUGGUUCUGACAAAGCCCCUGGGGACACAAGUAGCGGUGGCUGUGCACCAGUGGCUGGAUAUUCCUGAAAAAUGGAAUAAAAUUAAGCUAGUGGUCACCCAAGAAGACGUAGAGUUGGCAUACCAAGAGGCAAUGAUGAACAUGGCACGGCUCAACAGGACAGCUGCAGGCCUCAUGCACACGUUCAAUGCUCACGCAGCCACUGACAUCACAGGCUUCGGGAUUCUGGGCCAUGCACAGAACCUAGCCAAGCAACAGAGGAACGAGGUGUCGUUUGUGAUUCACAACCUUCCUGUACUAGCCAAGAUGGCGGCUGUGAGCAAAGCCUGUGGGAAUAUGUUCGGUCUCAUGCAUGGGACCUGCCCGGAGACAUCAGGAGGCCUGCUAAUCUGUCUACCGCGUGAGCAAGCAGCUCGGUUCUGUGCGGAGAUAAAGUCCCCCAAAUACGGCGAGGGCCACCAAGCAUGGAUUAUUGGGAUUGUAGAGAAGGGUAACCGCACAGCCAGGAUCAUCGACAAACCUCGGAUUAUCGAAGUUGCGCCUCAAGUAGCCACGCAAAACGUGAAUCCCACACCUGGGGCCACCUCCUAGUCUAGACAGAAAGAGCUAUCUGAUUGUGUGUUUAAAUAGAUCUAUUUCCUUUAUCAGCACUUCAAUUAAAGACUCUAAGAACAACAAAAAUCUCAUUGUGUCUACACAUCUGGUGACCUUAGGUCGGUUUGUGAGUGGAUGCAAUUAAUAAAAUGAAAUCCAUGGCCUUCUUUUCCUGUUACAUUAACCGAAGAUGCACCCAACCUUGAGGCAGCUUCUGAGUUGAGAAUGAUAUUGUUAUCCAAUACUGUUGAUUCAUUUUGAAUCUUUAGAUGCGUAUCUCUUGCCGCAUAGGCGCUUUCUAAAGGUGCUUUUUUGCCACACAGGCGUUACUGAGAGGAGAGUCACCCAGCAGUAUGUGUCUUCUCAUUUUCUAUUUAUCAUAUCAGUCUGUCCUUUUUUAAGUGUCUCAGUUGACAUUCUAGAAAGACAGAAUUGGUAAGUGACAUGAUGGUCUCCCAGCAGUCAGAGGGUUGCAUGAUUCCUUCGACCUUUUGGUUUGUAAAGCUGAGUCUAAUAACUCAGGGCAUUUCUUUGCCCCAGGACAUUCUCCAGUAGCUCACUCAGUUCAGUAAGGCAGGUGCUUUACUCUGCAUGGAAAGCACUCAGAAUAAAAAAGGAAACAUUCUUUUUAAAAACAAACAAAGCUUUCCUGAUACUUGCAGUAAUACCAUUAACGGUUUUCCUUGCCAAUAGGAAAAAGGAUACUUUUUGCAACGUAAUUAGAUGUUCUAUAGUGCGACAAGGAACUGCCUUCCAAUAGGGGGGUUCAUGUAUAAUACUCAUUUAUAAUUCAAUAUCUAAUUUACUUUGCAAAUAAUUUUUAAAUAUAAUCAAUAAUAAAGACUGUUCUGUGGAUGGUAGUAUAGUGUUUAAUACAUUUUCUAUUUUGUAUAGUGAUUUCAGGCCUCUUGUUUAAAAUCAGCAGCUAUUUAGCCUAAUUCUUAGCAUCAUUUUGUCUUUGCGCCCAUACUUUUUUGUGCACGCAUUUUGUGAUUUGUGUUUUAAAAAAAAACCUUCAUUGCCAACAUUGCAGCUCAAACUUAAAAGUUGUUAUUCAAAUAAAUAUUUAAUUUUUUUAAUUGCUCUUGUAUAAUCAGAUGCCCUUUUUAGUAUUAUUUUAGAAGCAUUUGGGAGGCUUUUGCCUAAAAUACAAUUUAUUGGGGAAACUAGAUUUUAGUUUUAUAAACUUUUAAGUCUUUCAUGGGACCUAUAUUUUCUUGAAUUAAAUUUUGUAGUUCUAGAACAAAUAGGCAAUCUACAAAGGUGUUAUCUGUGUUUCUUAAAAACAGAGGCUUCCUUAUCUUUCAGACUGUUAAGCAGCUGGGGGAUUCCCGUCUUUAAGCACAAGGGCACUGGGUCCUCAAGCACCUGGCUUCAAAAGAAAAGCAGCACAUCUUCAGGUUUCGCCAUGCUUCCUGCUAACAGGCCCCAAAGCUGUGCUUUAUAAACUCGGCCAACUUCACUCCUCAACACACAAAACCAGGGAACCGCCACUGGGCUGAUGGAACCCCUGGAAGGAAGAGGCUGCAGCAUGGCUGUGUCCCUCAGGAGCCCCAGGACCUCCUGUAUGCACCUGCAGCUGGAACUGAAGCCACUGAGGCUGGCCCCAAGCGGAGGACGCUGUCACAAAAGGACACUGAUUGGACACUUUGUAGGAAUCUAUACGAUGUUGGCCCUCGAAAGUACACACCAGUGGUCUACAAAAUAAAAUGUGUUGGAACCCUCUGAGUGCAGAAAGCAUA